CCAGCAAGAAACCCAAACAUAACCUUAUCCCUAUCCUUCCUCAGAGUCAUACGUGCGCGCACCUAGGAAGAAGAAGAAGAUGCUGCUCAGCUCCACCUUCGCGUCCCCGCUCCACCUCCCUUGCUCCUCCUCCAAUGUCGCCGUGGGCGCCGCGUCCUCGCGGCCGGCGUUCCUCACCCGGAUCUCGGCGGCGAAGCAGCUGACGGGGCGGGUGGUGACGACCAAGGCGAACAAGACGGUGGGGGUGGAGGUGGUGCGCCUGGCGCCGCACCCCAAGUACCACCGCCGGGAGCGCAUCAAGAAGAAGUACCAGGCGCACGACCCGGAGAACCAGUUCAAGGUCGGCGACGUCGUGGAGCUGCUGCGGUCCCGCCCCAUCUCCAAGACCAAGCACUUCCUCGCCGUCCCCGUCCCGCCCCGCGACACCCGCCGCAAGGCCCAGCUCCUCCCGCCCCUCCAGUCCGACCAGGAGGACGACACCGCCGGCGAGGAGUCCCAGUGAUGGAUUAUCGGUGAUGGUUCUGCUGUUUUCCCGUCUGUUAAUUAAUUUCCAUUUGCUUCUUGUAUGGUAUGCUUCCUCUGUAGACUGAAUGAGUGAAUCAACUUCGAUGUUACCACUUGGCUUCAGAA